ACGAUGCACCACUGAGCUCGGUUUUUAUUUCUUCUGUAUUUCUUCGAAAUUGUAUCACAACAACUUACUACGUAAUUAUCGCAUGAUGACUGACAUGAACGAUUUUGGGCGAUUGUUCAGACUCGACGGCAAAGUCGCUUUGGUUACCGGAGGAUCGAGAGGGAUUGGUCUACACACUGCGACAGCAUUUCUUCUUGCAGGAGCAUCCAAGGUUUUCAUCUCCGCUCGCAAGAAUGCUGGGGAGCAAGGCAUCGACCAGGCCGUAGAAAAGCUGAACAAACUCCCCGUCUCCGGAAAAGCCGUUGGAAUAGCAGCAAACGUAGCAGAUACCGACGAUAUUGCGCGGCUGGUGAAGGAAGUGCAGGAAACGGAUGCCAAACUGGAUAUUCUUGUGUGCAAUGCGGGUGCAACUUGGGGUGGACCCUUUGACCCAACUCCAGAUUCAUCAAGCAAAAAAGUUCUUGAUUUGAACGUUAGGGGAGUGUUCAAUCUAGCAAGAUUAUUCGCGCCGCUCCUUGAGAAAGCCGGUACUCGCGCCGAUCCCUCCCGCAUCAUCAUCGUUUCUUCUACGGCGGGUACCACAGUCCCCCAUGUGGGUGAACACGGGACGAUUAUGUACAGUGUAUCGAAAGCUGCCGCGCAUCAUCUCUCGCGACAAUUGGCUGUCGAACUUGGUCCGCGCAACAUAACCACAAACACUGUUGCACCAGGCUUUUUCCCGUCAAAGCUGGCAAACGGCUUGAUAGAUCUCCUAGGUGGCCAACAAGAGCUUGAAGAUUGGAAUCCGAGAAAGCGCUUGGGCGAGCCCCAAGAUAUUGCUGGAGUCAUGGUUUAUUUGGCGAGUCCAGCGGCUGCAUAUGUCAACGGGGAGGAUAUAGCGGUUGAUGGAGGUGUGAGGUACGCAGCCGGGAGGCAGUCAAAACUGUAGAAUCAAUGACUAUCAAUUGACCAUCUCCAACAACUAUGCGCUCAUUGCAAAACCCCACAAUUUUUUCAGGUGUACUAUUUUCU